AUGGCCGAAUCGAAGGUAGCUGUUCCAGAGUCCCAUCUGAAGAAGAUCAAGAGGGAAGAGGAAUGGGCAUUGGCCAAGAAAACGGAAGCUGAGGCUGCCAAGAAGAAGAGUGUUGAGACCCGCAAGCUCAUCUUCAAGAGAACCGAGCAGUAUUACAAAGAAUACGCUGAGAAGGACAAUGAGCUGAUCCGUUUGAAGCGUGAGGCUAAGUUGAAGGGAGGCUUCUACGUUGACCCUGAGGCUAAGCUUCUCUUUAUCAUCCGUAUCCGUGGUAUCAAUGCUAUUGACCCAAAAACCAAGAAGAUUCUUCAGCUCCUCCGUUUGAGACAAAUCUUCAACGGUGUGUUCCUGAAGGUGAACAAGGCAACAAUCAACAUGUUGCGUCGUGUUGAGCCUUACGUGACUUACGGAUACCCAAACCUGAAGAGUGUUAGGGAGCUGAUCUACAAGAGAGGAUACGGAAAGCUAAACCACCAGAGGAUAGCACUCACCGACAACUCGAUCGUCGAUGCGGCUCUAGGAAAGCAUGAGAUCAUCUGCGUGGAGGAUCUGAUCCACGAGAUCAUGACUGUUGGACCUCACUUCAAAGAAGCCAACAACUUCCUUUGGCCAUUCCAGUUGAAGGCACCACUCGGUGGCCUCAAGAAGAAGAGGAACCACUACGUCGAAGGUGGUGACGCUGGAAACCGUGAGAACUUCAUCAACGAGCUUGUCAGGAGGAUGAAUUGA